AUUCUUGACUGAAGCGCAUAUAACACAAUGUACCAGGGAUGAAAGUGGACCAAGAGGAGCUUGCAGCACAGCGGCGGGAGCAAUACGGCUUUGCCAACAUGGCGAAGGAUGCCCAGUUCCGCACAACGCAAGCGGGCGAGAUGAAGGAGCUCAACGACAAAAUCCGCGAGCUGACGGACAUGCUGGAGGACCGCAAGAACGCCGCGAAGCUACUCAACACCGAGAACAUGCGGCUGAAGAAGAUGUGUCAGGACCUGCAGUUCCAGCUGCUCAACAAGCCGCAGUCAAGGGGCGAGAGCACAGCUGUCAAGUCGAUGCGGGAGAUGGCCAAGGGCUUUGCCAACCGCGAGCAGAUGACGGCCGCCGAGAAGGCGCAGCUUCAGGAGGAGUUCGACGCCCAGAUUGAGUACUCGCGCAACCUGGAGAUGGAGCUGGACUCGGUAAUGGCCACGCUGAAUACGGUGGACGGCGCGCGCCAGGCGGCUGAGGCGGAGAUUGAGCAGCACAAGGCCGCCAUUGCGGACCUCAUGCGGGACAAGGAGGACAUGGCGGCGCAGGUGGCGGCGCUGCAGCAGGACAUUGAUCAGCUCACUACCGGAGCCGGCAGCCUGCAGCAGCAGCUAGCGGAGCGGGAGGCGGCCAUGGCGGCGGCGCUGGCGGCGGCGGCGGAGGCGCAGGAAGCGGCGCUGAAGCGGCAGCGAGCGGAGAUGGAGGCGGACGCACACCUGGGCAAGCAAACCGCCACCUCGGAACUGACUGCCAAGGUCAGGGAGCUUCAGGCCCGACUGGACGAGGCACACGACGCACUGCGCUCGCUAAACCAGACGGAGACGCUGGGCCCAGGCUGGAAGCUGCUGGAGCACGGCCUGUUGACCAACUCGCAGCUCGCUGCGGCCGCCGCCGCCGUCGCCGCCACCACCAAUGCCUCCGCCCCGGCGACGCCGGCGGCAGCCGCGCCAGCAGCAGGGGCGGCGGCUGCGCCGCCUGGCACGCCGCCGCGGCCGCCUGCCUCCGAGGUUGGCAGCGUGCGCGGCGCGGCGGUGCCGACGCCGCCGGCCGGCCUCUCGCCGCACCCUCCGGCCUCGGAGGCGGGCUCAGCGCGGGUGCGGUCGCGGCGUGCCUCUCGAACUGGGUCGGUCGCUGAGGGGCCUGGCGGCGUGGCUGCAGCUGCGAAUGGCCCGGCUCCGGAGGCGUUGAGCGAGCUAGGCCGCAGCGGCGAGAUCGGUGCAGAGGCCUCGGCCGGCACGGUGGGCUCGGCCGCGGCGCCGGCUGCUAGCGUGGCUGGGAGCGCAGCCUCCAAUAAGCCGGUCAGCGCAGGCGCCGGUGAUGGGGCGGCGCUCGCUGAUAAGGGGGCGGCAGGCUCGCAGUUGGGGCAUGGGCCGGGCAAAAGCCUUGCCGGCGAGGCGUCGGCUGGCGACGUGGCGGAGGACUUGCAGCAGGAGCCGGGGGCUGCGCUGUCCGCGGCGGGCUCGCGUCUGGCGCGUAGCGUGGCUGGCGAGCGGUCCGGUGACCUGCCUGCAGGGUCGGACGCUGCGAAGGCAGGGCCGAGGGAAGCAGCUGCGGGCAGCGCUGCCCCUUCUGCGAAGCCGUCCAGGGCGGCCUCACACGCCGGCGAGCACGCUCCAGACGAGGCCUCCGCCAAGUCAGCUGGGGCGGGUGGGGAGGCGGGUGGGGAGGCCGACGCAGGCGCCACCAGCCCUCGCAGCGCCCGCAGCGCCGCGCCUGCGGCUGCCAAGGCUGCUGCGCCUGCAGCUGCAGCCCCGGCAGCCAAGCCAGUGGUGGAGAUUCCGCCGCCGCCGCCGCCAGCUGCGCCCGCCACGCCAAGUGGCAACAUCCUGGAGCUGCUGCUGCAUGACGCCACCAUCAGCCCCGGUGUGCUGGGCCUGCCCGCCGCCGACAUGUGGGCUCAACUGCGCCUGGCCUGCCCCGGCCUGGCGCCCAGCCCCGUCACGCACGUGGCGCUGGCGGCGCCCGCGCCCACCGGCGCCGCACCGCUGCCGCUGCGCACCGCGCACCGCAUCCACUACCUCGACGACCGGCGGCUGCUGUCAGAGCUGGCGGCGGGCUCAGCAAAGGUGUCCCUGCACAACCUCAAGACCGCGCUCGUCGGCGCCUUUGCGUGCCCGAGGCUGGUGCCGGCGCCGCAGGCGCCGGCGGCGGCGCCCGGCGCGGCGGGGGCAGGGGCAGUGGCGGCAGGGGCAGCGGGGGUAGGGGCGGUGGGAGGCGGUGUGGGCGGUGACGGCAGCGGACUGGUGGCUGACGGCACCGUGGAGCGAGUACUGGUGGUGGCGGUGCGGGACGAGGCCGACUGCCCGGCGCUGGAGCUGUUCUGCAUGGACGAUGAGGGCAUCCCCACCCAGCCGUUCCAGGCGUUCAGCUCCCCCUGGAAGGCUCAGCUGCCGGAGGGCGUGGCGCCGCCGCAGCCGCACGAGUUCUGCAUCGACACACACAGGCUGCACCGCCUGCAGGCCGACGCGGGCCGCGCCAGUGGCUUGUUCGACACGGCCGCCCGUGUGUUCAUCGGCGCCGCUGACGGCCACACGUACCAGGUGUGGCGCCUGGCGGACGUGGACGCACGCCGCCGCGGCAGCUUCCGCGCCCUCAGCCGGGUGCUGUGGGAGCCGGCGGCGGACCCCUGGGCCGGCUCUGUGCCGCUGGCGUCUGCGGCGCUGCCGCUCACCGCCGCGCUGCACUCGCCGCCGCUCAGCCGCCUGGAGCUGAGCAACAUGCGGCUGCUGCUGGGCAAGCAGCCCGUGGUGCGGCUGUAUGAGCCGAGCGAGCAGAUCGCCACGCGCACGCUGGCGUGCCGCACGCGCGACGCCGGGGAGAAGCUGGUGGCGAGUGUGCGCGUGACGGCGCGGCUGGCGCGGGACCCGGAGGUGUCGGAGCAGCUGCUGGGGGCGCUGCAGCCGGCGCUGGCCGGCGGCGGCGCCGCCAGCCUGCCGCCGCUGCACUGGCAGUCGCUGCUGGGUGCGGAGGAGCUGUCGCUGGCGCGGCUGGUGACGGAGCUGCGUGCGGCGGUGGCGGCGGCGGCGGGGCGGCUCAUGGCGGUGCCGGUGCACAGCGAUGCGGCGGCGACGGAGGUGCGGGCGCUGGUGGCGCAGGCGGCAGACGCUGUGUCGCUCAAGGAGCGGCAGCUGGGCGAGGGCCUGGCCGCCGCCGCCGCGGUGGUGGAGGCCGCCGCCACCGCCAACCCCGCGGAGGCGCCGCUGGCCCGUGCGCGCCUGGCCGGCAUCCGCGGCCACGUCGCCGCGGCGCUGGCGGCUGUCGUCGCCUUCUUCCGGCAGCGUCUGGAGCUGUAUCGCCUGGGCGCCGCCGCCUGGCACUUCAUCACCGCCGCCGCCGGCCCCGACGACCCCGUGGCCCGCCUGCCCGUCACCACCACGCCGCCGCAGGCACAGGGCCUCGCAGCCACCAUGCACGCCCUGGCGGCGGCGCUGGCGGCGCUCGCGCCGCGCGGAACCAAUGCCGCCGCGCUACUAGCCGGCAGCGCCGGAGGCGGUGGCGGCGGCGGAGCCGGCGUGCUGCUGCUUCCGCCGCCUUCGGCGGCAGCGGCGGCACCGGAGGCGGGUGCAGCGGCUGCGCCACUGGGACUGCCGGCGCCCGCGGCGGCGCUGGUGGAUGCGUCUCGGGAGCUGGAAGCGGCGGUGCGUGUGGCGGUUGACACGGCGGCGUCGGUGUGCGGCGACGCGUGCGAGGCGCUGCGUAAGGAGGUGGCGGCGCCGGGCGUGGAUGACGUGGCGGCGACGGAGGCCGCUGCCGCGCGCCUGGCGGCGCUGGCGGCGCCCGUGACGGCGGCGCUCGUAUCGGGCAUGGCGGGCGUGUGUCAGGCGGCGAUGGCGGCGAGCCUGACGGAGGCGGAUGCGGUGGCGGCGCUGCGGGAGCAGCUGGCGGUGGCGGCGGGCGCCACCGCUGCCGCGGCGGCGGCCCACCCGGUCCUGUCGCAGCAGCAGCACGCGGGCGGGCCGCCGCAGGCUCAGCUGGCGGCGCACCUUGGGUUGCAGCUGGAGCUGCAGGCGGCGGCUGCCGCCGCGGCGGCGUUGGCAGGCCCAGCCGGCGCAGCCGGCGCUUCCACGCCCGCCGCCUUCCGCGCCGCGGCUCAGCUCGCCACCAGCUUGGGCGCCGUGCAGGGCCUGCUCGGCGCCAUCACCCGCGCCGCGCCGGCCCCCGUGGCCGCCAGCCCGCAGUCCGUGGGCGCCUGGCUCAAGGCGGCGGUGCGCAUGCGGCUGGCGCUGGGGGUGCUGGUGACGCACUGGGCGGCGGCGGGCACGGCGGCGGCUGGGCACGCGCUGGUGCUGGGCGGGCAGCGGCAGGCGGCGGUGGUGCUGGCUCUGGAGGUCAUGGGCAGGGAGGUGGACCGCGUCCUGGACAGCGUCAAGGGCACACUGGACGCCGUGCGUGCAAACCGUUCCCUGGACGCCGAAACACUGGCCGCCUGCCUGCCGCCACUGGCCACCGCGCUCACCUCCCACGCCGCCGCCGCGGUCACCGCCUGCUUCUGGCUGGCUACACAGCUGCUACUCACGCCCGUGCUCGUCACCACACACGCGCCGCCGCUACCGCUGCUUUUGCAGUCGGAAGCGACGGCCGCCCCUGGCGGUGGCUCCAGCGGCAGCGGAUCCGGCAGUAGCAGCGGCGGGCUUGGCGGCUCCUGCUACAGCGCCUCCCUACACGUGGCGAGUGAAGUGGGGUACGUGCUGCUGACGCUCGGCAGCGUCGGCACCGCCGCCGCGCCGCCGGUGCCGCCGCCGCCGCCGCGGCCGGAGGAGCCGUCGCUGGCGCCGCUGAGCCACCCCAUGCUCACCACGUGGCAGCCACGCGGCGUCGUGGUGUACGUGGACGUGGGACGCCUCAACAGCGCCGCCGUCGCGGUGGCGGCGGGCGCGCCGGCCGACGCCGCGCCGCCGGUGGGCACCGAUGCGCUGCCGCUGCUGCCGGAGGCGGCGGAGCUGUUGGGCUGGAGCGUGCGGCACGCCGAGGAGUACUACCACAUGGUGGCGGCGGCGGCGGCGGCAGCCGCCGCCACCGCGGUGGCGGCGCCGGCAGGCGGCGCUGCAGGUGGCCUGGCGGCGGACCCGGCGGCGGUGCUGAGUGAGGCCAAGCUGGCGGCUCGCAUUGCGGCUGAGGCGGAUGUGGUGGUGCUGUCGGGCCGGCUGACGGACGCCGGCUCCAUGGUCAAGUGGCUGGCGCAGCAGGGCGUGCUGGUGCUGGCGGCGCCGGACCUAUCGCCGCCCGCAGCAGGUGUCGCUGGUGGUGGCGGCGGUGGCGGCGGAGGCAAUGGCGGCGACGCGGCGGCGCGGGAGCUGGCGCGCACGAUGGUGGCGCUGCUGGCGGUACACCACUUGCAGGCGGCGGGCGUGCGGGCACUGGCGGCGGGACACGGCGGCGGCGUGCAGGCGGCGCUGGCGUCCGCCGCGGCGCCGCCGCAGUCGGGCGCCGCCACGCCACGCCGGCCCGGCAGCCGCGCCGCCACGCCGCGUGCGUCGCUGUCAGGCGCCGAGGCCGCGGCUGCGGCCGACACCGCCCUCGCCGCAGCAGCCGCGCUCGCCCCACCACCCGCAGCCACAGCCACAGCUGCAGCUGCAGCGGGAGCUACAGCUGCAGCAGGGCUACAGCCUCUGGCGGCGCUCACGUACCUCACCGACGUGUCGCUGGCCAAGCCGGUGCUGGCCACCGCGGGCGAGCUGGGCCACCGCCUGACGCUAUCGCUGCAGGCGCUGGAGGCCACCUUCGCGGCGGCGCCGCUGCUGGCGCCGCACGCCGAGAUGCUGGCGCGGCACGUGAGCCGGCAGCUGGGCGCGCAGAGGCUCAUCCUGGAGGGGCUGCUGGCGGCGCCGGAGCUGCUGCGGGCGCGGCACCCGGCCACGGCGCCGCUGCCGGGCAGCGCGGCGGCGGCGGGUGUGGCGGCGGGGAUGGCGCUGGUGGGCGUCGGCGCGGGCAGCGACGCAGGGUUCGUGGGGGGAGAUGCGGCGGGCAGGCCGGCGGCGGCGCUGCAUCGCGUCAGCAGCACCGGCCGGCUGCGUCCCAUGCUGCCGGCUAUGGCUCCCAAGGGCAGCACCAGCUCCCGGGCGUCUACGGGGGGUGGGCCCGCGGCCGGCACGCCGCCACGGCCGCCGCCGCCUGCGACCGCGGCAGCAGCUGCAGCGAUGGUUGCGGCGCGGCCGCCGGGCGCGCCGGCCGGCGCCGGCGCGUACAGCACAGAGAGCGAGGAUGAGGAGGUGGGCGUGAGCCGGAUUGUGCCGCCGCGGGCGGGGCCGUCCGCGCUGCUGCCGGAUGAGCCGGACCAGGAGUCGGAGGUGGCGUCCAUGCGAAGUGCCUCCACGGUCACGCGGCGCUGACGAGGUGGCGGCAGAGCUUGGUGUGGGCCUGCGCCGCAUGGCGGCGGCGGGCUGUGCGUCGGUAGGCCGCUGGCGAUGACAGGUGUGGUGGGUGGGAUAGGAUGCUGGAGGCCAUGGAGCCUACGGUAUGCUACCGUACGUUGGCAAGCAGCUUUGGGUUAAGCGCAGGGACCAAACCGGUGUGGUUGGAUGCGCGCAUGCUUUACUUAUGCUUGGUGGGUUGACCGGACAGCCCCGUGUGCGCGGACAUAACCUAUCUGGCCCCUGACGGCACGGCGGCUAGGAUUCAUGAUAUGGCCGGACCCCAAAACGUUGGGUGAAGCGGCAGGGUCAACCCGGGACUUCCGAUGGUGACGCGGGCGACGGAAAGCGUGGCCGGGUAGGGCGCGUGUCGACCCCGGUGGGCUGCAUUUGGGCUACACAUAUUGUUGGCUACAAAAUGGGCUCCCGACUGUGACGAAUUUUUCCAAGUUGAGAGCCCGGUGUCAGAGUGACGUACUGGCCGGUGUCUCUCACCUGCUGGAAAACACGUAGCAUAUAAGCACAAAACCUCUU